AUGUCCUCGAGUGCGACUUUCACAAAUAAACUUUCCAAUGAAAGAUCACCGUAUCUUUUACAGCAUCAGCACAAUCCUAUCGAAUGGUAUCCAUGGGGCCCUGAAGCGUUUCAGAAGGCGAAGGAUUUAGACCGCCCUAUAUUUCUUUCUGUUGGCUACUCUACAUGCCAUUGGUGCCACGUCAUGGAAAAAGAGUCAUUUGAGAAUAAUGAAAUUGCUAAGUAUCUCAACGAUCAUUUUAUCAGUAUCAAGAAAUUGAAGGUGGAUCGCGAAGAACGUCCGGAUGUUGACAAACUCUACAUGUCCUUUAUACAGGCAAUGUCUGGUAGCGGUGGAUGGCCUAUGACCGUCUUCCUUACACCACAAUUGGAUCCAAUCACUGGUGGUACAUAUUUUCCGCCAAAAGAUGGCGCUGGAACUAUGGGCUUGCCAUCAGUGUUGAGACUUGUGAAUGAGAAU